CAUUAUGACAGUAUGCUUGUGUUGAUGGCGUUUACGAAUAAUUAAACGUACGACUAGUGAAAAUCGGUUACACCCAAACCAAAAGAAAAAUGGAAGAAGCGAAAAAUUAUCUAUCAAAAUUGAGCAGCACGGUGGAAGGCCUGCUGGCUAUAGUGGUGACAGACAGAGACGGCAUUCCUCUAAUAAAAGUUGCAAUGGACCACGUACCAGAGCAAGCCCUACGUCACAGCUUCUUGAGUACGUUUGGAUCAGCCACGGAACAAGCUAACAAGCUCGGACUCAAGCAGACACAAUCUGUUAUCUCCAUGUUUAAAAAUUAUCAGGUUGUGCAAAUCAACAAAUAUCCGCUGAUUGUAACGUUUAUUGCUGAAAGCAGUGCAAAUACUGGCUUGCUGCUUAAUUUGGAGACCGAUAUGGGAGAUUUACUGAGUGACCUCCAGCGUGUAGUGCCUGCCUCCUAGACGCUGGGCCACCGCUGCACACAUUGGACCAGGGCAAAAAGUGCAAUCUUUAUCAACAGUGUUGUUUACAAUCAGAUGUCUCCUUGGCAACGGACUUGUUGCAUUACCACAGCUGUAUUUAACGUGACACUUGUUAACCACUCUCAGAGUGUAUUGAGGGUCCUAUAUAUAGAUCCAUCAGUGAUUAUUAGAGAUUGCCCCAGUGUUCAAGGCUGUAUGAUAAACUUCCAUUGUGCACACAUCAAACAAACAUUGAAUGAACCUUUCUGUAGACAUGAGUAAAGUUUGGUAAACACCAGAUGUUGAUGAAGAGAUUAUCAAGCAGUAAUCAACUAAUCAUAGCUUUAUGUUCUUUAAUAAUAUUAAUAAUAUAAAAAAUGUUGCAGAUUAAUAGUGAACAUUAAUUUUUCCAUUCAUAUUGUGUUGUAAACAUGAUUGUAGAAAGUACCCAUCCAGAACCUGUAGGCUGACCUUGACCUGAUUACUGUACUAGUCCUGUGAACUGUCUGAUAAAAUAUAGGAUAUAAUGUAAUCUGAGAAGUGGUAUGAUAAAAUAUAGGAUAUAAUGUAAUCUGAGAAAUGGUAUGAUAAAAUAUAGGAUAUAAUGUAAUCUGAGAAGUUAUAUAUGAUAAAAUAUAGGAGAUAAUGUAAUCUGAGAAGUGGUAUGAUAAAAUAUAGGAUAUAAUGUAAUCUGAGAAGUGGUAUGAUAAAAUAUAGGAUAUAAUGUAAUCUGAGAAGUUAUAUGAUAAAAUAUAGGAUAUAAUGUAAUCUGAGAAGUGGUAUGAUAAAAUAUAGGAUAUAAUGUAAUCUGAGAAGUGGUGUGAUAAGAUAUAUAAUGUAAUCUGAGAAGUGCUCGUUGUGAGAAAGUGUGUGUAAGUGAGGUCUGCGUGUUAUUGAAUCGAAUGUUAUAUUUUGUUAAUAAAAUAAUUUAUGGUAAUCUUAUUCUA